GUGUGUGCGAUGGGGGGCGGGCGGCGGGCAGAGCCAAGAGCGGAGAAGCUGAGCCGACACUGCCACCUGAUCCCAUCCAGGCGCGGAGAAGCGAGCGACCAGCACUCUGCUCGCAGGGCCCCCAGCGCCCUCGGCCGGAGAGCGGAUUUCGCGGCAAGGAUUGGGAAGUAGCGGCGACCACCCCAGCCCGGGUCAGGCGGAGCUCGCUCAGCGCCUCACACAGGAACACUGGCCCUGCUACCGGAGCCCCAGGAGCCCCCAUGAGCGCCGGCGAAGGGAGUCCUGGAUAGCAAGGCCCUGGCUGGUCCAGGAUUGGGUUACCCCAUCAUGCCACCCAUCCUCCAGCGCCUGCAGCAGGCCACCAAGAUGAUGAGCCGCAGGAAAAUCCUGCUGCUGGUGCUGGGAUGCAGCACCUUAAGCCUCCUCAUCCACCAGGGGGCACAGCUCAGCUGGCAGGAAGGGUCAGGCAGCCCUUCCAUCCAGAGGCACCCCCAGCUGUACUCCAGGCCACUGAAAGGGGUACAGAGGAACUUAAAGGGGCCAAAGCGAAGAACAGAAUCUGCCUACUAAGGAGAAGCACAUCCACACCAAAAGGAACAGGAGAUUUUUACUUCUCAUGGGGGGUGGGAGUGGCCAUUAACCACCUGCAUCAGCACAAGGCACCCAGUUUUUGCAUGAGAUGAAGGCAAGGAUAGAAGGGGGCAGGGGCUUACCUGGCGUGGGCACAUUCCUUGUGAGUAGGCUAAAGCUCAGUUAUGCAGAAAGGGGUGGGGAACGGACUGCGGCCCUGAGGUGGAGCUGACAAAAUGGAAUCAGUGAGGUUCAGCCACACACUCCUCCAAAGACUGCAAACAACUUCUCUCUACUGCUGUGCUGAGCAAGUCUCCUCACUUCCCUGAGCCUGUUUCUUCAUCUACGAAACAGGAACGAUCGUGUAUGUGUGACCCAGCUGGUCAUCCUGACACAGGAUCCCUACCACGUGAUGACUCACAGGAACCCUGACCCUGCUCCUGGCUCACAGGGUGAACCCAACAAAUCCCUACACCUCCCACGGCCUCAGUUUCCCCAUUUGUUAAUGGUCUGCCCGUGAGAAGAGUACAAAUGGGCUCAGGCCCUCUUGCCAGAUGAUUUGCUGGUUUUUUGUAGGUUUUUUUUUUGUCUUUUUGCCUUUUCUUGGGCCACUCCCACGGCACAUGGAGGUUCCCAGGCUAGGGGUUGAAUCGGAGCUGUAGCCACUGGCCUACACCAGAGCCACAGCAACUCGGGAUCCAAGCCGCGUCUGCGACCCACACCACAGCUUAGGGCAACGCCGGAUCCUUAACUCACUGGGUAAGGGCAGGGAUCAAACCUGCAACCUCAUGGUUCUUAGUAGGAUUUGUUAACCACUGCGCCACGACGGGAACUCCAUGAUUUGCUGGUCUUCAGGGGCAUCUGUGUAGACAUUAUCCUGAACCCAAACCAGCCACAGAUAGGAAGUCUCAAUGGUGUUCUCAGAGCUGCUUAGAGUUGCUCUCGUUAUGUGACAUUUAGGAUGGUAGAAAAGAGACAGGAGAGCAGCUCAAAAAGUCUGAAGGGAACUCCCAGGUCACCUGUUAUUCCCAAACACCCUUGUUUAAGGAAUGAGGAUUUAGAAAUGAAAAGUAUCAUGAAGGCUACGACUAUUAUGUUUUUUGUUUGUUUUUUGUGGGUUUUUGUCUUUUUGCCAUUUCUUGGGCCACUCCCGUGGCAUAUGGAGGUUCCCAGGAUAGGGGUCAAAUCGGAGCUGUAGCCACUGGCCUACGCCAGAGCCAAAGCAACGCGGGAUCCGAGCCUCGUCUGCAACCUACACCACAGCUCACGGCAACGCUGGAUCCUUAACCCACUGAGCAAGGCCAGGGAUCGAACCCGCAGCCUCAUGGUUCCUAGUCAGAUUCGUUAACCACUGAGCCACGGCGGCAACUCCUAUCUGUUUUUUAUAUUAUCAUAUUUCUUGAGCUUAGAAUAGUGCCUGGCACAUAGUAGACGCUAAAAAAAACAAAACUAAACUGAAAAUUGGUUGAAUGAAUGAAUGCAGUUCCAGAGAUCUUAAUGGAAUCAUAUAACAAACAGGCGGCCUCAAAGCCCAUGACAUCCCUAUGAGGUGAGGAGCCAGUGGAAAGAGUAAAAGUGAGAAAGAAGACGAGCAGGAGAAUAUGGUAACUCUGAGUUACCAGACUCAUGGAAAGGAUUUUUCUCCUGCUCCUCAGUUUGUGCAUCGGGAAAAAGGAAUUCCUCAAGGAUCUCCAAGGGCCUGUCCUUGUAUUAUCUUUUAUGUAUGACCAAAUCACCUCAAAACUUAGCAGAUGAAAACAUCGAACAUUUAUUAUCUCACUUCUGGGGAUCAGGAAUCUAGGUGUGGCUUACCUCUGGCUCAGGGUCUUUCACGGAGUUGCAGUCAAGCUGGUGCUGGGGGUGCAGUCUCAACUGAAGGCUUGAUUGGAAGGGCUCCCCUUACAAGCUUGGUCAAGUGGUUUUGGGGAGCCUUCACCUCUUCUAGCAGGCUGAUGGUCUGCGUUCCUUGGAGUCUGUUGCCACCUGGUACCUCCGCAGCCCAUGCCUGAGUUAUCCUAGAGAGAAUAAGAGAAAGACACUCAGGAGCCAUAGUGUUUUAAGAACAUAAUCUCAAAUGACAUCCUACCAUGUCUGCCCCAUUCUGUUCCUUAGAGGCACCGGUAAGUUCCACCCACACUCAAGAGGAGGGAAAUACAAGAGCUUGCAGGAGGCCAGCAGGGGGUCAUCUCUACUGUUCCGUGGGUAAAGCCCAGGAUGGGCCGUGGCAUAUCCCCGCCAUCUCUGGGGAGAGGCAGGGUCAAGCCGCACCUUCUCAUCCCCUCCUCCCUGCACAACCCUUGGCCCCUGCAGGUACCCCAAGCUGUUCCCUCUGAGCUGCCCACCUCUGCAGGACUCUCCACCGCGCCCCAAGCACAUGACCGUGGCCUUCCUGAAGACGCACAAGACGGCGGGCACGACAGUGCAGAACAUUCUGUUCCGCUUCGCCGAGCGCCACAACCUGACCGUCGCCCUGCCGCACCCGAGCUGCGAGCACCAGUUCUGCUACCCGCGCAACUUCUCCGCGCACUUCGUGCACCCGGCCACGCGGCCGCCGCACGUGCUGGCCAGCCACCUGCGCUUCGACCGCGCGGAGCUCCAGCGCCUCAUGCCGCCCGGCACCGUCUACGUCACCAUCCUGCGCGAGCCGGCCGCCAUGUUCGAGUCGCUCUUCAGCUACUACAACCAGUACUGCCCCGCCUUCCGGCGCGUGCCCAACGCGUCGCUCGAGGCCUUCCUGCGCGCGCCCGAGGCCUACUACCGCGCGGGCGAGCACUUCGCCAUGUUCGCGCACAACACGCUGGCCUACGACCUCGGCGGCGACAACGAGCGCAGCCCGCGCGACGACGCCGCCUACCUGGCGGGCCUCAUCCGCCAGGUGGAGGAGGUCUUCUCGCUCGUCAUGAUCGCCGAGUACUUCGACGAGUCGCUCGUGCUGCUGCGGCGCCUGCUGGCCUGGGACCUGGACGACGUGCUCUACGCCAGGCUCAACGCGCGCGCCGCCAGCUCGCGCCUCGCCGCCAUCCCCGCGACGCUCGCGCGGGCCGCGCGCACCUGGAACGCGCUCGACGCCGGCCUCUACGACCACUUCAACGCCACCUUCUGGCGCCGCGUGGCGCGCGCCGGCCGCGCCUGCGUGGAGCGCGAGGCGCGCGAGCUGCGCGAGGCCCGCGAGCGCCUGCUGCGGCGCUGCUUCGGCGACGAUCCGGUGCUGCGGCCGGCCGCGCAGAUUCGCACCAAGCAGCUGCAGCCGUGGCAGCCCAGCCGCAAGGUGGACAUCAUGGGCUACGACUUGCCCAGUGGCCGCGCCGGCCCGGCCACCGAGGCCUGCCUCAAGCUGGCCAUGCCCGAGGUGCAGUACUCGAGCUACCUGCUGCGCAAGCAGAAGCGCAGGGGCGGCGUGCGCCUCCGGCCCGAGCCGGUCCUGGACAAUCCCCCGCCCAGGCCCAUCCGGGCGCUGCCCCGAGGCCACCUAGGCCACUGAGCACCGAUGGCGGUCUGGACCCCUGUCUCGCCCACCAGGAUCUUGGCUAGGGCUGCCUCCAGGUCCCGCCCCAUCAGGGCCCUUUCUCCCGAGAGGGCCUGUCCCACGCCACGCUACUUGGCGCAUCCCCCUGUCUGAGCCCACCUCCGUAGGGUAGACGGAACCCCACCUUUGGGGAGAGUGCUGAUAGGCCUGAUCGAGCCCCGGGCCACCCACUCCUCCGUCCGAGGCUUUGGCCAGAGGUCCGAGGCUCUUGCAGAACUGUCCACCCUGCCUUUUAAUGGGGAGUGAGGACCACACCUGUCUUUUGCAAGUGGAUGAGCCCAGGCCACGGAAAAGGGCUGAGCCCUGGGAAAGGCUGCUCUUCCUGCCAGGGGUCAGAGGCCCCCACACCGUCUGUCUUCCAGGUUCCACUCUCCCCACAGACCUAAGCUGCUCCCAGACUCCCAGAACCAAGAGUUCUUGAGUUGGGCUUUUUGUUUGUUGGUUUUUCUUUUUGUAAUAAAAUAUUUUAAAACGUG